AUGGCCACCAAAGUUGACUUGGACAUCAUUGGCACCAUGUGCACCAUGGGACCCAUGGACACGAAUGGACACCAUUGGCACCAUGGGCGCCAUAAGCACCAAAGGCACACCGUGGUUCCAUGCACCAAGACACCAUCACCAUCCACCGCAGGUGCACUAUGUAUUAGGCACCUGUGCACCACAAUAACAAUGCAGAGCUGCGACGAACUUCAUGCACCAUGUAUCAAAUCACGCAUCCUCAGAAAAAUGCAUACAUUCAUCAACAAUAUCAUAAAGUGGAACACGAACAAGGUAGUGUUUAAAAUGGGAGCUACGGGGAAAUCUCGUCUCUCUGUUGACCUCACAAUCCAUUUUUCAGCAGAAAUCAUCAACUCAGACAAAAUGCAAGUUUAUAAGGGACUUGACAUUGUAACCAAUAAGAUCACUGACACUAAAAAACAAGGUGUAACACACUAUUUGCUUGGUGAAAUCGAUUCAGAUUUUGAUUUCACAUUUGAGAAUUUUUGUGCUCAAGCCAAUUGCUAUAUAGAGAAAAUUAUAAGUCGUGGAUAUGUUUCAAUCAUCAUUGAUGGGUCAAAUUCAUACAUUGAAAAACUUGUGAAAGAUCCUAUGUUCAUAUUUAAAUCUAAAUACAACAGUUGUUUUAUUUGGAUUGAUGUUGACGUAUCUAUAUUGGACCCUUUUCUUCGCAAAAAGGUUGAUCAUAUGGUACAAACAGGGCUAGUGGAUGAGGUACGGGGAAUAUUUUCUCCUGAAGCAGAUUACAGUAAAGGAAUCCGACAAUCCAUUGGUGUCCCUGAGAUGGAUAAAUACUUUAGAGAAGAAAAUAAAUUUGACCCAUGUAAAGACUCAACAAAGAAGAUGCUUCUUGAAUCUGCGGUUAAAGAAAAUAAAGUUAAUACUUGCAACUUAGUUCGGCACCAACUUGAGAAAAUUUGA